AGAUUCAACUUAAACCAUGAGUGAUCCAUUUGACUGUGAUAGCUGUAAGGAGUCUCUCUAUGGACGAAAGUACAUCCAGAUGGAAGAGGGCCCUUACUGCAUACCGUGUUAUGACAGCCUGUUUGCCAACACGUGCGAUGAGUGUAAAGAGCUGAUUGGCCACGAUUCAAGAGAACUUUACUACGAGGAUCGUCAUUAUCAUGAAAACUGUUUCCGUUGUUUCCGAUGUGAGCGUUCUUUGGCAGAUGAACCUUUCACGUGUCAAGAUGAAGAACUACUGUGCAAUGAUUGUUACUGCAGCGAAUUCUCCUCCAAAUGUGUCAGUUGUGAAAAGACAGUCAUGCCAGGCUCUCGCAAAUUAGAAUACAACGGACAGACCUGGCAUGAGCACUGCUUCAUCUGCAAUAGUUGCAAGCAGCCCAUUGGAUCCCGUUCUUUUAUACCAGAAAACCAGACCUAUUACUGCAUCUCAUGCUACGAGAGCAAGUUGGCACCACGAUGCACACAUUGCAAGAAGAUUCUAACCAAAGGUGGAGUGACUUACCGGGAUGAGCCAUGGCACAAAGAAUGUUUUGUCUGUACAGGAUGCAAGGCCCAGCUAGCUGGGACACAGUUCACCUCUCAGGAUGAAAAGCCAUACUGCAUCAAGUGCUUUGGAAAUCUAUAUGCCAAAAAGUGUUUUGGCUGCAUUAAACCUAUCACAGGUUUUGGAGGAGGAAAGUAUGUCUCCUUCGAAGACCGUCACUGGCAUCAUAGCUGCUUUACCUGCUCCCGUUGCUCAUGUUCGUUAGUGGGGAAAGGCUUUAUUCCAGACAAUAAUGACGUUCUGUGCCGUGACUGUAAUAGUGACCUUUAGACUUUCAUCUUCCAGCUCGUGGGUGAACCUCCUUUUGUCAUGGAUCUGCAUAACCCCAUGAAGAAGCAAUACAAUGUAGAUUGCCCAGCUAAAUAGCAAAUCUGUAAACAGGCUUUUAGACAUUGCACAGUAUUUUCAUGUAUCCAUUAUAAUAGUUGUAUUUUUCUGUGUAUCUCCUAUUUUAUUGCUCCUGAGGUUAAUAGCAAAUUGUGUUUUAUAUUAUGCCAUAAAUGAUGCUGUUAUUUCUCAGUGAGAAUGUAAUAUUAGUUUUUUCUAUCU